AUGUCUGAACUCACUGCAGAAAUAACUGAAACUAUCACGGUUGAUCCAGAUGCGAGAGAAACUGAUACAGAGCCGCAGACCACUUAUUCGGUGGACGAGCUGGUGACGCACGGAUUUGUCGGUCGAUAUGUGAACAUCAACAUCCCCGGCCACGCCAAAAUCUUGACCCUGUGUGAGGUUGAGAUCUUUGGUACAGAGGUCCCGUACUUCAUUGGAAAAGAAGGCCUACAUCUGUCGGCAUUAAACAUCUCCCUUGCGGCUCAGUGUGGUGUUUCCAACUCAACAGAAAACCUGGCGGUCGGUGCAUUGCCAACCCAGUCCAGCACGUAUCGAAAGGCAAUUGCAGAGCGAGCCAAUGACGGGAACAGAGACAGCGACUUCAAGCAUGGUUCAUGCGCGCGCACCAUGAAAUCUAAGAACCCUUGGUGGAGAGUCGAUCUAAAGGAAAGCGUCAACGUGUCAGAUGUAAGAAUCACCAACAGAGCAGACUGCUGCGGGAAGCGGCUCAAUGGAGCCGAGAUCCGCAUCGGGAACUCGCUGUCGAACGAUGGCAAUUCCAACAGACUCUGUGGAACCGUCAACUUAGUUCACUUGAUGACAUUAGUCUUUAAUUGUGGUGGACUUGUCGGUAAAUAUGUGAACAUCAUCAUCCCAGGGCACGAUAAAAGGUUGACCCUAUGCGAGGUUGAGAUCUUUGGUUCAAAACUUCCGUCAUUACUUGGAAUAGAAAACGUGGCGGUGGGUGUACCGGCAGCACAGUCUAGCACCUAUCGGUGGGCAAGUGCGGAGCGAGCCAAUGACGGGAACAGCGACAGCGACUUCAGGCAUGGUUCAUGCGCGCGCACCAUGAAAUCCAUGAACCCUUGGUGGAGAGUUGAUCUAAAGAAAAGCUACAACGUGUCAGUUGUAAGAAUCACCAACAGAGCAGACUGCUGCUCGGCCUGGUUACAAGAAGCGGAGAUCCGCAUCGGGAACUCGCUGGAGAACGAUGGCAAUGUCAACAGACUCUGUGGAACCGUGGAUUCCGUUUCUGGGACGACAUUGACAUUUAAUUGUUUUGGAUUUAUCGGUCGAUUUGUGAACAUUAUCAUCCCAGGCCAGGAUAAAAUUUUGACUCUGUGCGAGGUUGAGAUCGUUGGUAGAGAACUUUCGUCCUCACUUGCAAAAGUAAAUCUGGCGUCUGGAGCACAGCCGAUCCAAUCCAGCACGCAUCGAAAGGCAGGUGCUGGGAGAGCCAACGAUGGUGACAGCGACAGCGAUUUCAGGCAUGGUUCAUGCACGCGCACCCGUAAAUCUAAGAACCCUUGGUGGAGAGUGGAUCUAAAGGAAAGCUACAACGUGUCAGUUGUAAGAAUCACCAACAGAGCAGACUGCUGCAAGGAGCGGCUCCAAGGUGCCGAGAUCCACAUCGGGGACUCGCUGGAGAACGAUGGUAACUCCAACAGACUCUGUGCGACCGUGGAUUCGGUUCCUGCGACGACAUUGACCUUCAAUUGUGAUGGAUUUAUCGGUCGAUAUGUGAACAUCAUCAUCCCAGGCCAGGAUAAAAUUUUGACUCUGUGCGAUGUUGAGGUCUUUGGUUCAAAACUCCCGGACUUAUAUGGAAAAAGUAGGUUGAAGUUCCCGCUGAGGCUUUGGUUGUACGCAGCCCCACAACUUACUUUAACGAGUCUCCCGCUGAAGCACAUGAGCGCCUUUCUCAGCAAGCCACACAUUGAUAUUCAUACUUUACUCGAUAGUCUUGGACCCGAGCAGUAUCCAAACUUCAUCAUGUCUACGAAUAAAGUGCUUGCGACACCAGAAAACGUGGCAACCGAAGCAACGCCGACCCAAUCCAGCACGGAUCAAGGGGCAGGUGCUGAGCGAGCCAAUGACGGAAACGGCGAUAGCAAUUUCAGGAAUGGUUCAUGCGCGCGCACUUGGAUAUCCAACAACCCUUGGUGGAGAGUCGAUCUAAAGGAAAGCUACAACGUGUCAGAUGUAAGAAUCACCAACAGAGCAGACUGCUGCUCCGACCAACUCCUGGGAGCCGAGAUCCGCAUCGGGGACUCGCUGGAAAACAAUGGCAAUUCCAACAGACUUUGUGUAACCGUUGAUUCAGUUGCUAUGACGACACUUACCUUCAAUUGUGCUGGACGUGUUGGUCGAUAUGUGAACAUCUUCAUCCCGGGCCACGAUAAAAUCUUGACCCUGUGCGAGGUUGAGAUCUUCGCUUCAAAAAUUGCUUCUAUCCAUAUCCCGUUAGAAGAGGCCAAGAAACCCACGUACGCACCUGAGACGGAAAAGCAAACUCCCAUCCAUAUCCCGUCCGUAAAGGGAACGAAACACCCGCCCAUACCUGGAAUGUAUAUCCCAACAGAACAGGUGGCAUACGCAUCACCGCCGUACCAGUCCAGCACGGAAGAAGGGGCACCUCCUGAGCUAGCUCAUGACGGGAACACCGACAGUGACUUCAGCCAUGGCUCAUGCUCGCGCACCGCGAAAUCUAAGUCCCCUUGGUGGAGACUCGAUCUACAUGAAAGCUACAACGUGGCAGAUGUAAGAAUCACCAACAGAGCGGACUGCUGCUCGGACCAGCUCCUAGGAGCAGAGCUCCGCAUCGGGGACUCGCUGGAAAACGAUGGUAAUUCCAACAGACAGUAA